CACUUCCACUUACAGACUCCGCUUUCAUCAGAUGGAAUACUUCAUUCUUUGCGACAGCAGUGCACCCUGAUUGCUCGCCGUGGGAGCAAAACCAAAAGCUCUCGACCGCCAUUUGAGUUUGUCUAUCCUGCAUCGCUCGUGUGCAAUGGUUCCCCGUCGUUGUUUUGGUCAUACUUCGGCUCACAGCGUUGUCGAUCACGAUGUGACUGCACUUUCCCGGCCUCGGCAACGCAUUCGAGGAGCGACGCUCCGGCCUGAACGCCCUCGGCGUCCACGCUGAUUGCAACCGAGGUGAACGUCAAACAACAAAGGUAAAACGAUGCUCCGGCGGGACAGAUUAAUCGCGGAAAUUAAUUGCGGAGAGCGCGCAGCGGAGUCGACGCUCUGCGGACGGCAAGGGAGUCCGUUGGAAAUUCACCGACCGGAAAGUGAAGCUCCGUUUAAUCUCCACGAUGUAUACAUCAGCUGAUGGCAUCACUCGCUCGGUUGAUUUCGCCGACAGACGCGCGUAAUCUUUUGCAAUGUGAUGUUAAGAAUGAUGAAACGCGGCAGCCGUUUAAUUUGAACGCAAGGUCGAUUAAUUGAUUAAUGUGACUGCGAUUUUAAUAUCACAGUCGUGAUGCUGCGAAGGUGCGUUUCGCACGCAUCGAUAUCAGCGAUGAGCGCGAUCGGCGCGGAUUGCGCGUGUGAUAAGAAAAGCGAUGGUGAUUCUGUCUCAGCGGGACCUCGCAUUCGAGUAUUAAUUGCGACGUUUUGCGCUCUCGCUUUCAUUUUUCCGUGAUUCACGAGCGAUUAAAUAUGGAGGUUAGAAAACUCGUGUAGCGGACACUUUCUCGCGCGUCUGUGCGCGUGCGCGCAAAAUAAGUCUGUCGAUUCGAAAACGAGCGCGAUUUGCCGAAAUGUCUGUUUUUACAUGUUACGUGUAUCGUUUCUCACAUUUGCACGCUUGGGACGAGAUAAUGAAUAUUGCAAUUGGAGGAGAGAAGAAAGGAUUGGACGAAGAGAUGAAAAUAAGCAUUCUGGAGGAGACAAUGGAACUGGAAGAAACAUCAAUACCAAUCACAUAAUGAAUAAUCAUCGUGUAAUGAGAUCAUAAACAAAAUUUUCUCCGCCGUGAUGGAGGACUACACACCGAUCGACGAGGACUUCCCGGGCCGGUUGCUGCACCAGGCCGCGCUCUGGGACAACGCCGAACUGCUGGAGGACCUGCUGCGCGGCGAGCACGCGCAGUACAUCAACAGCAAGGACUCCUGGGGCAGGACGCCGAUGCACGCGGCAGCGAUCACGGAGAGCUCCCGGUGUCUGGACGUAUUGCUGAACACCGGCGCCGACCCGAACGUCACCUGCGGCCCCCGAGGCCACCAUCGGACGCCCCUGCACGUCUGCGCAGAACACGGCCACGCCGGCAACGUGGAGAGAUUGCUGAGCCACAACGCGGACCUGAUGAUCCGCGACGACGACGGCCUGAAGCCGCUCGACGUCGCCGAGAGGGGUCGACACGACUCCUGCAUUCGCCUGCUGAAGGCGGCCGCCGAGAAGUACGAGCUCACGAGGCAGGCGAGCCACGCCUCCUUGCGCGCGGCUUGCAUCCAGGGCGACACCGUCGCCGCCCGGAAUAUUAUCCAAGGCCUGUCGAACGAUCUCGAGUGCGUGGUGAACAUGGCACCGAACGGCGCCAACACGCUGCUCUUCGUCGCCUGCGAGAGCGGCCACAAGGACAUCGUACGGCUGCUGCUGGACCACGGCGCCGACUGCCGGGUCCAUCCGGUCACCAAGUACUGUCCGCUCUACGUGGCGUGCUACCACGGCAAGGCGGAGAUCGUCGAUCUGCUGUUGCGCCACUUCCCCAAGCAGGUGCAGACCCUCACGGUGGAGAGCUGGCUGCCGAUACACGCGGCCGCUACGAACGGCCAUCACGCGGUGAUCGACGCGCUGCUCAGGUUCGAGUAUCCGCAGCACGUCUACCAGCGCUACCGGGACCCGUCCGGCGAGUUCGAGUACGAGCUGCCGUUCGACAUCAACGCCCAGGACUUCACCGGUCAGCACGUACUUUACAUAGCGAGUAAAUUGGGGAACGCCAGGUGCGUCGAGCUGCUGCUCGGCUACAGGGUGAAAGCGAGGACCACGAAGGAGGAGGACGCGGCCGGCGCUCAGCAGCUGCCGGUGUCGAAGCGCAAGAUCUCCAGCGGCAUCCAGAGACUGAUGUCCUCGUUGAACUUCCGCUGCAAGGCCGCCUCCGCGGACAAGAAGGAUGACAAGAUGAUAUACCCGGUGAAUCUGGACCUCUACUGCAGCAACGGUUGCGAGACGUCUCUUCACGCAGCCGUCCGGGGCAGGCACACCGACGUGGUGAACGCCCUCCUGCAGGCGGGCGCGAAUCUCGAGCUACCGGUGAAAGAGCCGUACGACCUCGGCGAUCCGGACGGCAGUUAUUCCAGCGUACUGACGAUCGCCUGCCAGAACCGCGACAUCAGGAUCGCGGAUAUGCUGCUGAAGCACGGGGCGAUCGACGACGAGUGCAAAGCCCUGAAGAUCGCCGCGCAGAACCGGGACGAGGCGCUCACCGCGAAGCUGCUGUCGAUCAAAGCGCACCCGGAUUCCGAGUACAAGAUCAACAAAAAGGCGAUGACCGAGUGCACGCAGAGCUCCCACUUCUCCGCCCUCUCGUCUUUCGGCCACGUCACUUAUUCCGCGCUCUUCCCGAAAACGCCUACUAUGAUCAACUGGCACAACCAGCAGUGUCAUCUGUCGCAGAUCCGAUUGCAGUGGCUGAUCGACGCGGUACUGCACGUCAACAGGAAGCUGAGCCCACGCAACAACGACCUCGUGCUCUACGCGAUCACGAGGAUCGACAUCUCUCACAAUUCCAUCACCUCCGUGCCGUCCACCGUGUUCUACCUGCAGAGCCUGAGGUACCUCAACAUGGCGCAGAACAAGAUCGACACUCUCAUGGCGGACUCGAAGAAUCCCAAGGACAAGCUGUGCCCGGUCCUCGAGGAGAUGUACCUGCAGGACAACCGGCUGGAACAGCUGCCGGAGUUCAUCAUGAGUCUGCCGACGCUGGAGAUCAUGGACGUGUCCAACAACAAGCUGCAGUGCCUGCCGCAGAAUCUCUGGCGGGCACCCAAGCUGAAAGAGCUGAAUGCCUCGUUCAACCUGUUGCGCGACCUGCCGAGCCAGGCGUCGCAGAACAUCUUGAGGAAGUCGUCGCAACGCACGGACGACAACGGCCAGCCGAACGGCGUCGCCUGUCGCGGACUGGUGGCUGCCGCCAUGCCGCGAGUGGAGUCCAUGGAGUUCGACUCGUUCACGAAGAUCGCGAACGCCCAGGUGAUCGAGAUGGAGCGGCCGCACGUGUGGACCAGGUCGGUCCAGGUGUCGGAGAAGAUGAGCGACGACACGGAGAACGGUAACAAGUCGGUGCUAGCGUCGUUGAAUUUGGCGCACAACCUCUUCAACAGCAUCCCAGUGGCGCUGCCGUGCCUGGCGGUCAGCCUGGUGCGGCUGAACAUGGCGUAUAAUUCCCUGCGAUCGAUGAGUCACAUCACCUCGUACCCGGCGAGCCUCAAGCAAUUGGACCUGUCGAACAAUCAGAUCACGCGGUGGCCCAGCUUGCCGCAGGUGGACAGCUCCGACAGCAUGGAGCAGGCGAACACGGCCUGCUACUGUCCGGCGACGAACGCGCAGUCGCCCAUCGUGCCCAGCAACAGGCAGACGCCCACGUCGAUGCGCGACAUCGUGCUGCAGUCGGUCUGCACGCACAGACGGCACCUGCGACUGGAGAAUCUGCGGACGCUGAUCCUGGCGAACAAUUUGCUGAAUCGCAUCCAGCUGACGUCGGUCGACGACGGCGAGAUGCCGAGUCUGGAGGACGAGAGCUCGGACAAGGACUCGAAAACCGGGGGACUCACCGGUACCAAGUCUUACCUGCUCUUCCCCAACGUCAGUAUGCUGGACAUCAGCAACAAUCAGCUGAGGGAGAUACCGCACAACAUCUACGAGCUGAGCAAUCUGUCGGUGCUGAACAUCAGCGGCAAUAACGAGAUCGUCGAGCUGCCGCCGCAAAUGGGCCUCCUCGGCCGGCUGUGGAACUUGAACACGCAGGGCUGUCGGCUGCAGGAGCCGCUCAAGUCGAUGAUCGAGUCGAAGAAGUACAAGACGAUGGACGUGAUCGGCUACCUCAAGUCGAUCCUGGAGGACGCGAAGGCGUACGCGCGCAUGAAGCUGAUGAUCGUCGGCAUUCAGGGGAUCGGUAAGACCAGCCUGCUUGAGCAGCUGCGGCAGGAGGGCGAGGUGCCGAACAAGAAGAAGGCGUCGGAACACUGGGCCAAGCGGAUGGGUAACAAAAACAUCAACGCCAAGACGGCGAAGGGCACGAUCAUCUCGACGGUGGGCGUGGACAUCGGCGACUGGAUCUACGAGAAGAAGGUGCGCGGCCAAUCGUCCCACGGGCCGGUCUACUUCCGUACCUGGGACUUCGGCGGGCAGAGGGAGUACUACGCGACUCAUCAGUACUUCCUGUCGAAACGCAGCCUGUACUUGGUCGUGUGGAGGAUAACGGACGGCUUCAAGGGCGUCUCGGAGAUCUUCCAGUGGCUGGUGAACAUCCAGAGCAGAGCGCCGAACUCGCCGGUCAUCAUCGUCGGCACUCACUAUGACGUCUCGUACGAGCACAGCGAGGGUCUGCAGCAAUACAUACGCGACAAGUUCAUCAACGUCGUGGACGCGGAGAAGUGCGGCCUGCCCAAGGUCAUGGAGACGAUCGAGGUGAGCUGCAAGACGCGACACAACAUCAAGAUGCUGUGCAAUCUCGUGUACGACGUCGUGUUCAGUCUGCGAUCGCCCGGCAGCAAGGAACUCCUGCUGGAGCAGAAGGUCCCGGCCAGCUAUCUGGCGCUGGAAGACGUGGUGAUACAAUUGGCCCACGACAGGAAGCUGUCCGGCCUGGACCCGGUGCUGAAGGCCGAUCAGUAUUACGCGGCUGUGAACAACGAGCUGCAGAAGCUGCACAGGUCAUUCAGGGACCCGGCCGAACUGCACCAGGCGACUCUCUUCCUCCACGAGAACGGCAUUAUCCUGCAUUACGACGACGCCACGCUGAAGGACUUGUACUUCCUGGAUCCACAGUGGCUCUGCGACAUGCUCGCCCACGUCGUCACCAUACGGGAGAUCAAUCCGUUCGCCCGGUCCGGGAUAAUGAAGCUAGACGACAUACAACACGUGUUCAAAUCGUCGACGAUAUCGUCGAUCGACACGCAGGGCUACAUCGUCAAUUUGCUCAAUAAGUUCGAGGUAGCGCUCACCUGGGACUGCCGCACGCUGCUCAUACCGUCGCUCCUGCCGACCGAGGAAGACAUCCUGCGCAACAACCAGAUCAUCAAGGUGCCGGUGAAGACGCGCGGCUGGCACGUGCGCGCCAAGAAGAUCACGUCGCCGAUGUUCGCGUGCCUCGGCGCGCCCAGCGACAAGAGCAACACCGAGUGCGUGCUCACGUCGAGGUCGCAGCCGGAUUGCUCGGUCACGCGUUUGCUGCUGAUGUCGUAUUUCCCGAGCGGCUUCUGGUCCAGGCUGAUCACCCGGAUCCUGGCCGACGACGCCAUCGUCGAGAUCGUCAUGUCCUUCUUGGCGCCCUUCAAGGACUUCGUCGACGACAGCAUCUUCGCGAGUUUGCUCGACCUGCAGGCGGAGUGGGUGCUCUGGCAGACGGGGAUUGAGCUGCGGUACUCGGGGAUCACCUUGUUACGUCUCAAGGAGGUCUACUACAGCCUGAAGAACUCGCCGUACGACUACCGGCAGUUCAAGUUCAAGCUCAAGCAGGACGGUAUAUGGUGCACGGUGGAUCUGAAGAAUUCCGCCAUACUGGAGAUCUGGUUCCCCGUGGACACCCUGGUGAUCAAGCAACCUAUCAUGUCCGAUUCGGUGGACGAGGAGCCGAUGGGCUACCAGGCGAUCGUAGUGGAGCCGCGGCCGGAGAGCAUGCCGCAGCUGAUGGCGCUGAUCGUGGAUCACAUCGACAUUUUGCUGGAGGACUGGUAUCCCACCCUGGGCACUCGCUUCGUCCACACGUCGGAGGGCAAGCUGCUGGUGACGAGGCUGAUACCGUGCCCGCGCUGCCUGCUCGGCAACGCCGACGGUAACGGCGGCGAGGGCGAGUCGAGCGACAGCGACCGGCUGAUCGAGGACAUCCAGAAGUACUGUGUGAACCGCGAGCGGCAGAGCCAGGACAGCUACAAGUCCGACGGCGACAGCGGCGUGGGCUACGACAGUCUCACGUCCAGCAGGAUGCCGUCGCUCGAGGGACACCCGGACAUCUCCAGACAGCAGAGCUGCCAUCCCGAGAACACUCUCGCCUACUCGUGGAUGGUGGAGGAGUGCAUCCUGGCGGCGUACAGCAACAAGCCGAUCAGCUGUCCCAAGCACUCGGAGAUCCCUUUGUCGCACGUCGCGCCUGACAUCAUCUUCAUGGACCUCGGCGCGAAGCACCUCAUCAAAUCGGAGGAUCUGAAGAGGGGGAAGCUGCUGGGCCGUGGCGCCUUCGGCUUCGUCUUCCGCGGCAGCUGCCGGCUGCCGGGCAGCCACCUCAGGGCAGACGUGGCGAUCAAGAUGCUGCAACCGGUCUCGCCCGGUCCCAAUUCCAAGCAGUCGGCGAUCUUGGCGUACAAGGCGUCGCAGAGCAAGUGGGAUCGCGAUCCGUUGCAGUACGCCUGCAAGGCCUAUUGCAUGGCUCGGCAGGAGCUCAACAUUCUGUUGACGCUCAGGCACGCCAACAUCGUGCCGCUCAUCGGCAUAGUGGUCAGCCCGUUGGCCCUGGUGCUGGAUCUGGCGCCGCAGGGCGCGCUGGACGGUGUACUGAAGAAUUACCGUCGCUCAGGCGCCAAACUCGACCCGUACACCCUCCAGGCGAUCAUCCUGCAGGUCGCCAAAGCGGUGGAGUAUCUGCACCAGCAGCACGUAAUCUAUCGCGACCUCAAGUCCGAGAACGUGCUGGUGUGGCAGAUGCCGUUGCCGUUCCAGGAGAUCCCGGAGCCAGUGCACGUGAAGGUCGCCGACUACGGUAUAUCGCGACUGACGUUGCCGACGGGAGCUAAAGGCUUCGGCGGCACCGAGGGUUUCAUGGCGCCCGAGAUCAUCAAGUACAACGGCGAGGAGGAGUACACGGAGAAGGUGGACUCGUUCUCCUUCGGUAUGUUCGUUUACGAGCUGGUGACGCUGCGCCAGCCGUUCGAGGGCCACGAGGCGGUGAAGGAGUGCAUACUGGAGGGCGGCAGGCCGCCCCUCAUGUACCGUGAGACCUUCCAUCCGUGUUACGCGCUCGAUCUCAUGGUGAUAUGCUGGGCGCAGAAUCCGAAGGAUCGGCCGACCGCCAGCCAGAUCGUCUCGAUCGCCUCCGCCCCCGAGUUCACUCACUUGAUCGACGUCACCCUGCUGACGGAGCGCACGCAGGUGACGGCGGUAACGAUGACCGGCGGCGGACGCGGCGCGGAUGACGCACUGAACGGCGACGAGAUCUGGUUCGGCCACAACAACGGCGAGGUGGACAUGCUGCUGGGCACUCAGAAGGGUUGGCUGCGCCACGUGCGGAUCGAAACGCCGGUGAUACCGUACGCGAUGUGCGGCCUGGACGGUUACAUCUGGAUAGGCGACAACACCGGCCAGGUGCACGUCUACCUGUGCGGCAACUUCGGCUGCGUGGCCAGCUACAGUCUAGAGACGGAUAACGCCAGGGAGUCGAAGGUGGUCGGGCUGAUCCAUCUGGAACAGCUGAAGCAGUUCGCCGUGGCGCUGUACAGCGGUCGAAUCUGUCUGUUGUCCGACACGUUCGCGCAGAUGAAGCGCACGGAGAUCGCCGGCGAGGCGCGUAACGACGUCAGGACUUACUCGCUGGCGGCGGUCUGCCGGAAGAGGCGUCUGCUGGAGCUCUGGGUCGGCCAGAGCUUCGGCCGGAUAUCCGUCUACACGCUCAAGGAUGGCAAUCUCACGGAUACCGUGCAAUUGUCGCACGGAGGUGGCGGCGGAGGCAGCGGUAGCGACGCUGCCAUGAGGAACCUCUUCGCCACGUACUUGACUAGCGCGGCCGAGAGCUUCAUCUUCUCGUACACGUAUCCGGGCUGCGUAGUGUACCAGUGGGACGUGGACGGCCGGCAGAUCGUCAACAAGCUCGACAUGUCCAAGCUGGUGCCGUGCUCGGAGAGCCUCAAGUCCAUCGCCAUCGAGGAGAAUCUCUCGACGGAGAAGUGCCAGGUGACCGCGCUCGAGGCGAACGCCAGCCAGCUGUACAUCGGCACCACCUGGGGCUGCAUCGUCGUCGCCGAGUGUGGCACUCUACGGCCGGUCACCGUGUUCCGGCCGUUCGAGGGCAAGGUUUGCCAAAUCGUGUCCUUCAAGUCCGCCGACAAGAAAAAAGUCGUGCUGGCCACGGUCGGCCAGGGCUACCGCAGCCUGAUCUCACGGUACACGGACUUCCCGCUGAGGAGCCUGGAGAGCGAAGAACUCAAACACGGCAUGUACACCUUGCUGUGGCGAUCGGAGAACUGGUCGGCAGCUUGAUCCUCGCGGAGGGUCUAAGCUUUGCCCGUUUUCCUUUUCACCCAGUAUCUGACUCGGAUGUGUCUCCAUGUUGUUCCUCGUGACUGCUGUCGAAUGCUAACGAAGAUACACCGUUCGGCGAUGCGAAAAUUCGGAAAAAUCUUGAAUCCCGUUCAAAUAUUGGACAGAUAGACUUCCUGGCAAACACCAAGUUACGUAUAACUGUUGUGAUUUCCUACUCAACAAUGUAACUGUCCCAGGAAAAUUGACUAUAUAUGAAUUUUGUCCAUGUGUGUGGUCACAUAUAUGAUCAUAGAUGUCUAUACGAAAGAAAAUGAUGUUAUGUUAUUUAAUUAAAUGUCGAUAUCAUGUGUUGUCAGAAGCACAGUAUUAUUUGCAUAUAAUUUAACAAUAUUUUUCCGUUGUGGACAUAUAUGAUUAUGUAUAGUCAUAUAUGGACUCUUUUCAUAUAUGAUCUUUUUUUUCGAAUAUUUAUAUAACACAUGCGUUAUACAACGCUGUGUUUAAUACUGUGCUUCUGACAACACAUGAUAUCGACAUUUAAUUAAAUAGCAUAACAUCGUUUUUACAUAACGGUUGCCGAAUAGGAAAUUAUAACUGACAGUUAUGUAACCGUAACUUAGUGUCUGCUGGGUUAAUAAGAAAAUUUUACUUCUACUUAAAAAAGCGGUUAGUACGGUGGAAAAAUUUCAUAUUUUGUAUUAGGGUUCCUAAGCAUUCGGAUAAAUGAUUGUCCGGGUAUCCGAGAUUGGAUAUCCGAUCCGAAACUUCAAAUUCAUAUUAUUCGGAUUAUCAAAAAACAAUUGCAACAAUUUUUUUUCUUACAUACUUCAGAAUACAAAAAAUACGACAUGAUUCGUUUCCUCAUAUUUUUUGUAUUCUAAAACAUAUAAAAAAAACUGUUGCAACCGUCCGAGAUUGGCUAUAUUUUAAAAGAUCCGUGGAUAAUCCGAAUUUGAAGCGUCACAUUCAUGACAAACAUUGAAACCUUAUGUUUGUGUGUUUAAAUAGUAUAAAUGUCGAUACAUUUGAAUAUCGAAAGUGCUGUAGAUUUUUACAGUACAUAUAAUUAA